UUACGAAAGAAGUGUGAAAAGAGCACCUUUGACUAAAUCCUCUCAACGACUUCUCGGAGGACGACGAUGGCGGACCUUUAUCUUCCCGUCGACUUGGAACAAAACUUCUUCGCCGUCGCCGUCAUUUGAGACUUACAUCUUCAGAGUUCAAUUUCAAGCUGAGGUGAUGAGGAGGGAGAUGAAUCGGACGAUUAGUUCUUCUCCGAUGGAUUAGUUUGGAUUGACGGUUGCAUAGGGUUUGGACCUCUUUUUUAUGUUGUAUGUACUGUUUAAUAUCUCCGAACGAAGCAAUCUAGGGUUGUAGUUUGAACUACUACGCUGGAGAUGAUGGAUCGGACGUCCUCCGCGAUCUCAACUUCUAUUUUCCUCUGUCUAAUUUGGUUGUUUACGAGAUUAUGCCAAGUCUACGGAAAUGCUGAAGGUGAUGCUUUGAACGCAUUAAAGAGUAGUAUGAUUGAUCCUAACAAUGUUCUUCAAAGCUGGGAUUCUACUUUGGUCAACCCCUGCACAUGGUUUCAUGUGACUUGCACUACAGAUAACAGUGUUAUGAGAGUUGAUCUUGGAAAUGCAAAUUUGACGGGUGUGCUGGUUCCACAGCUUGGACAGCUUGUGAAUUUACAAUACUUGGAACUCUAUAGUAACAACAUAAGUGGAAUAAUUCCAAUUGAACUUGGAAAAUUGACCAGUUUGGUGAGCUUAGAUCUUUAUUUAAACAAUCUAAGUGGACCUAUACCAGAGACAUUGGGCAGGCUUCAGAGCUUGCGUUUCUUACGUCUGAACAACAAUAGCUUAACAGGAGAAAUCCCUGGUAGUUUGACUACUAUUACGUCGCUUCAAGUCCUCGAUCUAUCAAAAAAUCACUUGACAGGAGACAUUCCAUUCAAUGGCUCCUUUUCACUUUUUACUCCUAUCAGUUUUGCCGGGAAUAAUCUAAAUACUUCUCCUGAUGCUCCCCCUCCUCCACUUGCUCCUACGCCCCCUGCUUCUUCAGCGGAUAACAGCGCGAUUGGAGCCAUCGCCGGAGCAGUUGCAGCCGGUGCUGCCCUUCUCUUUGCUGCACCUGCAUUAGCACUUGCAUGGUGGAGAAGAAGGAAAGAGCAGGAUCAUUUCUUUGACGUGCCUGCUGAGGAGGAUCCAGAAGUACAUCUUGGUCAGCUGAAGAGAUAUUCCCUUCACGAGUUAGUAGUGGCCACUGAUAAUUUCAGCCCAAAACAUGUACUCGGAAGAGGUGGAUUUGGUAAGGUGUAUAAGGGACGGUUAGCUGAUGGAACUCUUGUAGCAGUUAAGAGACUAAAAGAAGAACGAACUUCAGGCGGUGAGUUACAGUUUCAGACAGAAGUGGAAAUGAUUAGUUUAGCCGUCCAUCGAAAUCUUCUCCGUUUACGUGGCUUUUGUAUGACACCCACCGAACGGUUACUUGUGUAUCCCUACAUGGCCAAUGGAAGUGUUGCAUCCUGUUUGAGAGAGAGACCGGAGACAAGACCUCCACUCGAUUGGUCUAUUCGAAAACGGAUAACAUUGGGAACGGCCAGAGGUCUUGCAUACUUGCAUGAUCAUUGUGAUCCUAAGAUAAUUCACAGAGAUGUGAAAGCUGCAAAUAUAUUGCUUGAUGAGGAGUAUGAAGCAGUAGUUGGAGACUUCGGUUUGGCUAAACUUAUGGACCCGAAAGACACUCAUGUUACUACUGCUGUAAGAGGCACAAUUGGACAUAUUGCUCCUGAAUAUCUCUCGACAGGAAAAUCUUCAGAUAAAACCGAUGUUUUUGGUUAUGGUGUUACCCUUCUUGAGUUGAUCACUGGGCAGAGGGCUUUUGAUCUGGCUCGACUUGCCAACGAUGAUGAUGUUAUGUUACUCGAUUGGGUGAAGGUGCUUCUGAAAGAAAACAAGCUGGAGAAACUAGUGGAUGUAGAUUUGGAGGGAAAUUACGAUGAAGAAGAGGUGAGGCAGUUAAUACAGGUGGCGUUGCUUUGCACGCUGGGAUCUGCAACGGAGAGACCAAAGAUGUCGGAAGUUGUGAGAAUGAUCGAAGGGGAUGGACUAGCCGAGAGGUGGGAAGAGUGGCAAAAGGAUGAGAUUUUCCGUCAAGACUCAAAUUACAAUGUUCACAGCCGGAACACAGAUUGGAUCAUGGACUCUACUUCAAAUCUUCGACCCGAAGAACUGUCUAGCCCAAGGUGAUGAUCAUGAUGGGAAAAAUGGACCUAAUUGGAUCAAUAUUUGUGCAUAUAGUUUUUCUCAUUUAUACCUUUUAACAUCUUUUCCUUCAUUUUUUUGUUGUUGUUGGUUUUUGUCUGUAAUUAACCAACCGAUGGGUGCUGGCUAAACGGAAACGGUUGGAAGUUGUUUUAUGUCGUUUGGUAUAUAGAUAAUACACUACAUUUCAUCUUCGUUUGGGAAUAGACAAUAACUAUAUGAAUUAAUGCCGAUUUUACUUGUCAA